GCGCUAUAGAUUAACUUGAAUUCUUAUCUGGCAAUCACUUUAAAAUGAGAAAAAAAUCAUUUUAAAUUUUGAUAAAUUGCGAUGUUAAUAAAAGGUUGAUUUUUUUUCUCAUUAAUUUGAGUUUGAACUUGGUUGAAGUUGGCAAAUCUCACUCAUUUGUUUAUUUGUGAGUUGAUCUAGUCUACUUCAUAUGGGGUCUAAAGAAACAAAAACAAUAGGGUUUGAAGAUGAAUCAAAGCAAAAUGAAAAGAAGAGAAGGAGUCAAGAAAAUAUAACUUUAGAAGAUGGAAAAGAAGAAUUAAAAAGAAAUAAAGACUUGACCAACACGAGCUUUGACAAGGAUGGCAAUGCUCGAAAUUUUUCAAUCAAGAAAAUAGGAUUCACAUGCAACACACCAUCUCAUCUGCAAAUGAUCCCAUCAGUCAAGGACGGACAAUACCACCCUCAAAGUGGAAGUACUUCACAAACAAAUGUGUCAUACGCUAUGCCCGAAAAAUACAUUCUUGAAUUUUUUCUUGAUGUACUGCAAAGGAGUGACCCAGAUGAGUUAUUUGCUAAACCUAUUAAUCCUAAUCAGGGGGUCCACAAACCGUUGGAUUUUGCAACAAUAAGAGCCAAAAUAAACAUGAAACAUUAUAUGAACAUGGAUUCAUUUAAGUUUGAUGUGUAUCGAUUGUGCUUCAAUGCUAUGUAUUAUAAUGACAAAGACUCAAGACAUUACCAAGUGGCUAAGGCUUUACAUAGUCUUGCAAAGAGUGUUUUUGAAGAUACAAGUGUUCUUAGCCUUGAACGAUUUCAUUUGGAAUCUUUACCUAAAAAUACACAAGGUGGAAUACCUCAGGAUGGAAAACAGAAAACCAUUGGGCAUGCAAGGUUUCGUCACACUAUUCCUAGUGGUGGUAGAAAAAAGAACUCCACGAUCACAAUACCGCAAUUUCUGGAAAAAAAUGUGGCUUCAAUUUCAAAGGAUAUUAGUGCUGGUGCAAGCUCAAGCCAAAUGGAAUUUUGGUCUUCACAAAAUGCAAACUAUUUAAGAAGGGCUAAUGAUGCAAACAAUUCUUUCUCCUCACAGCAAAAUCAGUAUGGAUACUUUCAAGGGUUGGUGAGUCCAUCGACAAUUUAUUCCAAUCAAACUAAUGAGAAUGAAUUAUUCAAAGCCAAAAAAUUCUUUAGCACUUUUCCUAUAAAUAGUUAUAGUGAGUUGCAAAUGAUUCUUGGUCAGGCAUGUCCUAUGGGCCCGUUUCCUAUGUUACAACAUCCAAUAUCAUCAUCAGGUCCUUUUCCUUCUAGCAGCAUUGUAAUGAAUGAAAAUUUGAAAGAAUCAAAAGGGGAUGGAGAAAAUAAAGAGAAAAAUGGGGAGGGUACAAGUAUAAAUGAUAGUGAAGUUGAAGAGCUGGGCUUGGAUCUUAAGCUCUAGGUGGGUUUAAU